CUUUUAUCAACAUCUUAAGAAUCGACAUUUUCAUGAUCUGAAACUACGCGUCUUUCUCCCAUAUAAGAAUGCAUUAUCCGUGAUAAUUUUUGCUUUCAUCUCUCCCUUAUCUCCCAGUCAGCGCUAACGGCGAUGGAGUGCAAUGACGAGCGUCAGAAGUCCGAGCUCCUUCAGUCGACUCUUAUACCCAUAUCACAGCUCUCACCGACAAAGGAGCAUCUAGCUGACUGUUCUAUCCGUGCCGUGGUAUCGCUUGUAUGGCCGUAUUCUUCAUCAACAAAGUCUCUCAGUCUCUUGCUAUCCGAGCAUGACUUUCGACUCCGCCUCUCGAACGGACAGGUCAAGACCACUUUCCAUGGACUUGUUGCGGAAAAGGUCGCGGAAACUAAAGUGGGAAUUGGGGAUGAGGUGGUCCUUAGCUUGGGAGGCUCGAGCCUAAUUGAAAGCGAAGAUGCAACGAGAACCCCAAGCAGAAGGGUGACAUGGGACGUACGCUUUGAUACCUCAGUGUUUCUUGAGAUCCUUCGAUCCGGUAAAUUUUUAGCGACGGUGAAAGUCGACAGAGUCUCCCCAUUGCCACACAACGGACAUGAUGAGCACGUCCCGCCCGCCACGCCCAUUGCUGUUAAAGACCGCACAGAAGGAACUGAUUUGGGACCUGGCUUGGGCUCUUGGGAGUCUCCAGCUUUUGUACGAUCUUCCCGUGCAUCACUUGGUGGCAUAGUUGACUCAGCAUUCGACCCGUUCGCGGAAGAAGAUGGCUUUAUUCCUGGGAAGGGAAGAAAACGACCGAGGUUUAGCAUGCAAAAAAGCGAUUGGCGUAUCAUCGACGAACCGGAAAGCCCUCGCGAUAGAGAAACCCCGUUAAAUUUUGAUGAGAUUCUUGAUGGUCACGACGAUAAUGAACAGGCGACUCGAGAAGAGGACAUGCGGGAUGAGACAGCUGGCGGCAUCCGAGACAAAGCUGGUACUCACAUUUCCGUUCCGGGUAACGUGGAUGCAACCACUGUUGCGGAGCUGGAAGACGAAGGAGUCUCGAAGAAACGGCCGCUUCUCGGAGUAGCUGAAAGCGAGUCCCAAGGGACUUUCAAGCAACCGAUCCUCCCGGAAACCCAACGUCCCAUCGCUGAUGCUAUUCGAGUCUUAAGGGCAUUUGACAAGCAUCAGUUAUCACAGAACUUUCCCCAUCUUCCAACAGAGACCCCGCGCUUAGCCCCCGUACCUUCUCCUGGACUUCCUGUGCCAUCUCCUCUCAUAACGUCUAACAAUCGUAGUGGUUAUUUCGCUCAAGCUACUACCUCGGAACCAUUUAAUUCCGACCAGGCCGCUCCUCCAAUGGCUAAUACAAGUGCGACAAAAGUAGAUGAAAGCAUCGCUUUCAGAAUGCAACCAGACAGUUCUCUACCGCAGACGGAUGGUAAAAUAGCUUGGGGUUCAAUGAAAACUACCAGUGAAACCAACCCCCCAGUUCUGCCAGGAGACUCGGCCGUUAUUUCUCAACUAGCGGGCACAACGUCCACGUUUGAGACUAGUAGCUUCACAUUGGCCCCUGAAAAGAAGCAUGAGGGAAGCAUGAAAGUUGUUGGAGAUUCUACUGAACCAGAGGUUCUGCCAAUUUCCGUCUCUCAGAGAACAACGGCGUCUUCAGCAUCGAUUGAAGAUACGGAGCGGAUGGAAGGAGAAAUAGCUCCUGAGACUGAACAGCAGGAAGAACAAGUAUAUGAGAAAGAGCUAAAUGAAGAAGAGGAAAUAUCAGAGCAAAGCGAGGAACUUCAAGAACAACGUGAAGAGGGUGUGCUGGAGGACGACUACGAUGAAGACAAAGAGAAAGAAUCGGAAAGAGAGAGUGAACCAGAUGAGUUUUAUGAAGAGGCCAAUGAGCACGAACAAGAGCCAAUGGAAGCCCGUGGGAAAUUUCAGUCAUUCGAAAUGCAGCAUGGGAAUGAGGUUGACAUCGAUAAGAAGGAUGUGGAAGAAGAUACAGGAGAAUUGGAUACUGAAGCUUACAAGGCAGCCGAGAAGAUUAAAAUGCAUUCUUCUUCCUUAGAGGCAUCCAAUGCAGAGGAAGAUCUCGAGCGUGAUAUCGAAGUCGGAGGAUAUUACAGGGAGGGUCCAGUUCAAACAGGGCCUGGGAAUAAAACUGAAAGCUCAAUAGUGAGUUCUGACACACGCUCACCCAGCGAACAUGUCGAUCAUGAAGAGAGGGUUGGUCAGUACGCCGAUGAGAAAGGAGAGGAAACGGACGAGGAAGAGCUGUAUGACGAGGAGGAUAUUGAAGAAGACUAUGAGUCUGAGCAAUUCUGUGAAGAUGAAGAUGAAGAUGACGUCGACUCUGAGGUUUCAUCUGAUAGUCGCAGCCAACUGUAUGGGGAGCAGAAGCCACAUUUGCCGGAGACAGUGGUGCCGGAGGUAAUCGUGUUGGAUAGUGAUAGUGAGGAUGAAGUACCUGCUCAGAUACAGCAUUCUGCACGAGAAAGCGUCGAUUCGCAAAUUUCAAAUUCUCCCCGAAGGCCCGACGAAGAACAGUAUAUCUCUGACAACAAUCUCAAUGAUUCUGACGUUGAGGGUUAUUCGUCUCCCGUGGAAGAACAUGCGGAUGGAAUUGAAGAAAAUGAGCAAAUGGUGGACGAAGAGGAUGUUGUGGGGGCUGAAAAGAAGGUAGAGGAGAUCAAUGAAGAUCAGACUGGGGAAACUGAAACCCAUAUCGAAGACCGACCUGCAAUACAUCCAGGUUUUGAGGAAGAAGUGGAAAUUCCUGGAGAGAGCGAAAACAUAACAGAAACAGACGCUGCACAAAGUCAUAAACAGACGAUCGUUAAACACACCGACUCUGCAGACUUGGAUCGACCGUCUACCACGCAUUCAGGGGCUGAUUCGGGAGACGUUGGGUUAACAAUAGAUCCGGAUUUAUUCCAAACUGAAUCAGGUCCACAGAAGCAAAUAGAACAGAGCGAGGAAAGACAUGACGAGAUGGUCGAGGUUCAGUCAAUUCGAUCUCCCAAUAUCUCAAGCUCUACUAAAGAAACCGGUUACGGCCUAUUUCUUGACGGCGCUUCAUCUCCACGACCCAAACAACCCUCUGCUGGUAUGAUAAAGGAUGGGCCCUUUCAGAAAACGCAGAACCAACAGCCAGUUUCCUUGGAUACUUCACAGGACAUUAACAGAAUUGCUUCAGAUCCUGCGAUUGAAAGCAUGCUUCCUAUGCAGAAUACCCAGGGAGCCGAUGUGGACCUUGGAAUGUGGUCUCAGGCCAAGUUAUUGCCUGAAAACCAACCAGUUUCUGGUGAUCCUGCUAUUUCAGCAGGGGAGACUAUAGCGCCAACAAAAAGGGAAAUCUCUGCUUCCUCGUUAGUUUCUCUUUCUCAAGAGGAGCUGGAAAUCAAACAGAAUUCUUCGACGUACGUCAACAUUCAUGAACAAGCAACCGGCGGAGAUGUUGCUCGUGAAAUUCUCAGUGAAACACCCGAGAGCUCUGAAGACGAACUUGAUGCUCCAUAUCGAAAUACGCGUGGCCUUCGCAGCAGACUUUCCUACUUUGCUCCGCUUGCCGCUCUUAUUGAUCACUUCAACGCAUUGACCGAUACGAUUUCGAUCGUACAUGAAGCUUCUGAAGUAAUCCGGGCUGACUCCGGUAAGGGAGAUUACUUCUUGACGGUGCAGCUUACUGAUCCGUCUAUGGCGGGCACUCUGCUCCCCGCCCAGAUCUUCCGGCGUCAUAGAGAAGCACUCCCAUCUGUGGCAGAGGGCGAUGCUAUUCUUCUUCGCGAUUUUAAGGUCAAGAGUUUCGAUCAUUCCAUGAUACUUGUCAGCAUUGACACCAGUGCCUGGGCUGUCUUCAAUGAAUCAGAUAACAUGGCCCAGAUGACCGGGCCACCUGUUGAAUAUGGUGCUGAAGAGCGCUCCUACUCUUCAGCGUUGCAAAGAUGGUAUCAGGAGGAUGGAGCAGCCAUGAUCGCGGAUCGCAAGCUUCAGCUGUCCGUACAACAGGCAAGUAUGGAUGUAACUCCGCCAAGCAGCAUUGCGCCUAGCGAGCUGGGAAGUCAUGAUUCAACGUGGAGAAGGGUACGCGGGGAUUCACACUCAUCGUCUGGAGGUUCGCGAAGCAGCAGAAAGUCCACUACCCCUAGGAGGAUAAAUAUGCACGAGCUAAGAGGCGGAAGAAAAUACCCCGACCUUGGGUCUCUGUCCGAUAAAGAGAGCAUACAUCGUCUCAGAGAUGGGACUUUGUACGCAGAUAUAUGA